GUAUCAAAUGCAAAAGAAGUAUAUUCCAAUUUUGUUUAAAAAUUGGAGAAAAGCAAUUGCACAAAUUAGAAAAAAAAAUUAUUAUGUUAUACAUUUCGGUAGGAGUUGAACCACCGGUCAUAACAGAGCGGUUGACGCCGUGAAAGGUAGUUGGAAGCAUGGAUUUUGCGGACUCCGCCAUCGCCUCAAUGACGGCGAUCAAAUCCCGCUCCUCCCCCUCCGAUGACGUUGGAUCUCCGGAGGAGCAUAAUGUGGCAUCUGUAAGUGAGAAUCAUGAGACGACAUGUUGGGGCUGUGGGCUCCGCGUACUUGUUUCACCGCAUGUACCUGCUUUCAAGUGUUUCUGGUGUGGAGCUAUAACCAACCAGAAUGCAAUUAAACAUGAGAACCAGAACUUCAGGUGGAGACGAUUGCGAGACCGGUGUUUCGUUAGCAUCCUCAUUGUCUUCAUGCUAAUUGUAAUAUGUGGUGGUAUUUGGGCCAUUUAUCCAGUAGUAUUUUCUGUUGGUUACAUCUACGGUGGUGUUCACAUUUUGAUUGCUAUAAUAUUGUCCAUAUCUACCCUGUCUACAUUUAGCCUUUCUGCAUUUCGAUCUGCUGGUGCUCCACCAAACAUACUGUGGGGUAGCUAUCCGGUCGUGACAAAAGGAGCACUUGAGAAUUAUAGAUAUUGUGAAUACUGUUCAAAGCCAAAGUCACCUAGGGCACAUCAUUGCCGUUCUUGUGGAAUGUGCGUAUUGGACAUGGAUCAUCAUUGUCCCUUUGUAAGUCUCGGUAUUCUUUUAUGCUUUGGAUAAGAUGUCUGUUUGCUAGAAUGUUAUGCAUAUAAAUUGUAGUUGAGAAAUUUUAGAAGCUUAAUAGACAAGUAUAACCAUGUGUCUGUGAGUUUAAGCCUAAAAUUGAGCCUCUAAAGGUUUUCUUUAUCUCACAACUUUUAUAUGGAUUGCUGGAUCCUAUGUCGUAAAAAUAUUAGGUGGGUGAUAUCUAUCUGCUUGAUGACUUUUUUCGAAAGAAAAGAAAUAUUGCUUAUGGAUGGUAUGGAGCAGUUGUAUAUAUAGGCCAUUUGCAUGAUGAUGCUUUGUUGUUUCUUCUUCACUUGUGAAAGAACCCUUGGAUGGCAGAUCUUUGAUUCCCAUGGAC